AUGACCAAUAACUCUUUUGGUGACGAUGCAGAUCAACCUCGGAUAGUCGAUCCAUGGGAAGAAAAUUGGCAGUAUGCCCCCACUCCUGGCUACUGCGGUACAUGUAGCACACCCACAACCCUGCACUCUCCUAGCCCUGCCCCAUAUCGCGCCACGGAUCAGCCACAGUCGGACCAACUUGAUUUCCUGCCAUUUUGCGAAUGGAAUGAAGGUGGCGAAUACUAUGAAGAGCCACCGAGAUACGUCUGCUACACAAUCGAGUGGAAGCUUAUACUGAACCAUAAGGCGGUAGGUAGAGUGACCGAGGAAGAUUUGGUUGUAGCUCCUAGCGAGUAUUGGGAGGGAACUUUGAAAGCAGGAGUUGAAGACAUGCUGCAACUGAAAAAGAGACGUCACCAGAGAGUUCGAUCUGAGGGCACAGCCGUUACGAUGAAAUCGAACGACCGGUCCCAGAGGAAUAUCGAAAAAUUCUACAAUUCUGCUAAAAUCGACUGGAAACCAGUGGAGAAGCAGCUGCAUAAAUGGAGCAAUCUGCUUCGUAUUGGCAAGAAACUCACUAUAGUCGUUGUAUUUAAUUAUAGGAGUGAAGAUGACGAUCAUUCUGUGACUGCAUCAAAGAGGGUCGACAAGAGAGGGCGUGUGUCUACAACAAGCAGAAUGUUGACUGAGCGAGAGGCUCAUAUUGCUGAUGAGGAAGAGAGAACCGGGCGAACUGCAACGUGGAGUGCUGUAUAUGACCGUAUGCGGUGUAAUAUUCGUUCUUGCCCGCUUAAGUCUGAUUGGUGCUGGGAGGACCCAACGGACAAGAGACACUACAAAUUGAGAGCUCCCCAUCUAGAGAGACUUAUUGAGCAUGUUGAUAGUGGUGGGUCCCUCGAUUGUCAUGGUGAUGUCCCUAGCGAUAUCCGUCGAGACCUGAUUCUGGAAAGUCAGAUAGGAAGAAAGUCUAAAAAGGCUGACAUCGCAUCGACUGGGCCACUAUAUCCUCCAACCAUUAUUAAUGUCCUGCCAGCACAAACCGGAAGUGCAUCCACGGUUACUUCGUCCCUGCCCAGACAUAUGCUUGAGAAGCAUCUGUCAAUUCCUAGGCAUCGGGAAGCAGCAUGGCUGGAAUCACGUGCCACCGACGAGGAAUACAAAGCAGAUUUCCGAAAAAUCUGCCAAGUAACAUUGGAAAAUCACCUCGACCUUGAACUAAUCCUGGAAGACCCAGACGCUGGCUUCUUUGUUCAGCGAGGAAUUCAAAUUGGAACCGCCCGUCGUUUCCUACGUGAUAUAAAUGAAUGGGCGGGAGUGACAAAACCAAAUCUGCAAGUUGACCAAGCUCCUGGAAUUAUUCUUGAUGGUCCCGAACGAGUUUGA